GUUGGGUUAGCUUUGCGCAGUGGCGAUAUCGUAACCAAUGAGGUACAACCGAGGUGCGAUUAUUGCUAGUUGAAAACUAAUACCAAUACCCCGCCUUGGGGACGUGAAAUACCGUCCGCUAUGGCAAUUUUUGCAAACCCCGAAAGGGGUAACAAUUCAUUAAACAAAAAGUAUCUAGUAGAGUUUAGCCCAGUGAUCUAACCUGAAAAGCUAUCACUGCAAGUGAUGGUCUGUGGUUAGAUAAUGGUUAAUACGUUCAAUAGACAUAUUUUCACGACAGGAUAACACUGAAUCCUCUCAGAUGUUUCAAUGACCACACAAUUCCGUGAAAUCAUUUUCUUCGCGAGCCGGCAUUGGGUUGUGGUUUGUUUAUUUCGUGAUAUUUGACAACCGGCUUGAUACACCGGCAUGGUGGAGUCAUUAGCUUCAGGGGUGAAUAACUUUCAAGGGAAAUGAGCGCGGUUCUGAAGCAAUUGCAUCUCUUAUUACUGGCCAAAUGUUUCAAUGAUUUAUUUAGAAACAUUUUUUUAUUUUUUCUUUUAAAUUCCUGGACCUGGAAAUUAAUCAAAAAGUUUUCCGAAAGAAAAUAAAAUGUAAAAUGUAGGACUAGAAAAACUUGUCAUGUUAGUAUCAAAAGCUAAUUUAGCGACAGUUGUUUCUUCUUCGUCGAUGUAUAUUCUGUUUGGUUCUUUAAAUUGAGUCCCAAUUUCUUAAGUGAAUAAUAUUUUAUUCCGUUUGAAUCAUCCACCGAUACAAGGUAUUUUGACUGCCGAAACAAAGAGGACUUUUCAGAAAUAAUUAUUAUUUGGCAAGACUAAAGUCCCUAGCAGUUCUAGUUAAAAUGAGAAAGCACGUAAGUAGAUUAAUUUUCACAAUUCACAUUCAGUUAGUUUUAAUCGUUCUUUUUGUAUCUCGCAUAACGUCCUACGCGGACAUGCCGGUCUAUUCAGGAUUUCGUGACUUAUUUCAUUACGACACAGCUGGAUAGUCAAUCCUUUCUACGAUGGGACGGUCCAAUUCAGGCUUGAACUCAGGACGGGCAUGUUGUUAAGUCGUUCUAGUUGACGACUGUACCAAGGGAUCGAGUUUUAAUCAUCAUAGACUGUAUUUUUAGCUCAUUCUUAGCCGACUAAGAUUCGUUUCCCUUUUGGAUCACGCAGAAAUUCUUUGCAUUUUUUGAGCUUUUUACAAUCUCGACGGUUCUUGCGCAUCGCCGCCAGUCUUUGCUGACCCCUGCCGUAAGGUGUUCUAAUCAAAUAUGCAUCAUUUGCUUGUCUAAAAUCAUACAUUUAUUACGCUGCAUUAAAGAAUCCAUUCAGGAAAUAGUGAAAUUCUUUCCCGCAUUCAACAAACCAUUCCCUACCUUUCCUUUCCUUUCCUCCGGCCCGUUCGUUUCGAAGCAUGCGAAGCUGUCAAACUGUCUUUCCCCGAAGUGACACAAAAGACACACGCUCGAAUCGCAGCAAGCGGCAGCGCACAGUGUUGUUAUGUAAAGUAAACCAUUCUCAAGCUGCUGCCGGGUGGCUUUACCGCAAGAUGCUGAAAGUGUUCCAAUCGUCGUCCACCCUGCUGGGACAGCAGCUGAAAGCCCUGGUUUCAGUCCGACACUACGGCAAACCGAACAAAAAGUUCCUCUACAAAGAUGGCAUCCUGAAGGACCAGAUUUAUUACUACCCACGGGACAACAACCGUGAACUACCUGCGCUGAAUGGAGAACCUUCGAAACUGUUCAGCGUUCGUCGUAUGAAACCAAUCAAAGGGCUGCCGUACUGGGAAAAGCGGAUACUGCGCGGCUUGGGACUGUAUGAGAAAAAUGCGGUCGCCGUGGUAAAGAACAUCCCGGAAAAUAAUGCCCGCCUGUGGAAGGUGAAGCAUUUGGUGGAGAUACUUCCGAUCACGUACCGGUACGGCGAACCGACGGAGGCUGACAUCGAGCGAACGUUCCUAAAGGAGGAUGGCGAGUGUGUCGUGAUACGCAAGCUAGAGGCAGCGGAGGUGACCAACACGAAGCUGUCCGCUGCGGAGCAGCUUCGUCACGCCAAAGAUCGUAUAGACGGGGAAACGUUACGAAAAGAUUCUCGGCUCAAGUGGCUGAAUGCGUGGUAAGGGAGGGUGGCAGCCUAGCGGGAUGGCCGUAAGUCCGUUUGUAGGUAGUGCGGAGGAGGAUUGAGUGGCGUUUAAUAUAAGCAACCUUUAAAAACACAAAAAAGAAGUUUCGGAUACUUUUUUAUACAAGUAGGGCACGGGCAGUUUUUACACGACACAUUUAAAUAGUCCACUGUUUAUUAGUUUUUUUUUUUGUUGCACGCUUACAUAUUACCCACCCGGCGCCGCUGCCGUCCGCGAUUCGAGCCAUUCCGCAACAAUCGAUCGCUAGCGUGUUGGCUAGCCAGUAGGGAAGAAACCGGUCGGAAAAACCACCCCGGGCCCUGGCUAACAUCACCCCACACACGCUGCUGGUAGGGGGACGAGCGUGACAUCGCGCCCCAUCGGCCACUGGAACCAACGGGCGGAUUUGUUGGGUGUGGUGUAUGUAUGUGUGAGUGUGUCAGUAGUGUGGUAAAUAUAAUAUAGUAGUAACAUUGA